AUGGAGGAAAAUACGUUUGAUCGUGAUUUGGUUCGUGCAAUUUUCAGGCUUGUUUGGGAGAGACGAGUUGCAGAGCGAGACAAAAAUCAACUGCCAGAACCUGAAGCUGAGGCUGGGCCGAGUACAUCAAAGAGAAGCCGGCUUACGUCUGCCAACGCAAAUGCAUUAAAGCUGAGCUGUGAGCUCCUCCGGCUUUUUGUGUCAGAGGCUAUUCAACGUGCUGCUACCAUUGCUGAAGCUGAAGGCUCUCUUAAAAUAGAAGCAACUCAUCUUGAGAGGAUUCUUCCUCAGCUGCUUCUAGAUUUUUGA